AUGACCAUUCAAAGUACUGCCAAUCAUCAAGACAGCCAUUUGCCGGCAGUUCUGUGUCUGCACGGAGCCGGUACCAAUGCCACAAUCUUCAAUCUCCAAGCUCGCACCAUAGUAAGUUGUUUGAAGCACAAGUUCAGAUUCAUCUUUGUCAAUGCUCCCUUUGAGUCUUUACCUGGCCCUGGUGUUAUCCCAACGUUUGCCGAGAUCAGACCGUAUUUACGGUGGCAUUGCGACGAGAACGCCAUCCAAGAAUUCGAUGUCUCACCUGAAUUGGUAGACAAUGAAAGACGACUUGUCAGGUCGAUGCUUUCUGAGAAGAUUGAGCAAGAGGCAACAGGUCCUAGCUUGGGCAUAGUCGGUAUCAUGGCCUUCAGUCAGGGUACUAGAGUAGCCACUGGGUUAUGUCUGGAUCCUGAGUUUGGAUCAAACAUACGAUUUGCGAUUAUCAUUGCGGGAACGUUCCCUGCCCUCUGUUUACAGUCUACUGCCACUGAUACGGAACCAACACAUGUAGUAUCAGGCAUCAACGGAAACAAGCACCAGCAGCUCCAGAUACCCUCUAUUCAUGUUCAGGGAACUAUGGAUCCAUGGGGCCCAGAAAGUGCUCGCUUACUCAAGGAAUGUUGGAGUGCAGAGCUAGCUAUUAUUGUCAAGUUCCAUGGGGCUCAUCAGGUUCCGACAUCAAAGAAGGAUGCACAAGCAGUUGCUCAAGCUGUGCUCUCAUGUUGGGACUCUGAGUAA